UGUAAAAAUGUCAAUGGUAUGGGAUUUCUCCAAACUGAUUCAGUACAUGUUGAUGUUAUUAUUGUUACCUGGUAGUAUAGUUAUUUUUAUAAAUAAAUUAAUAUUAUAUAUAAGACGUACAUUUAUGAAUAUAGUCAGGUAUAUAAACUGUAGUACGAUAAUGUACAAUCUGAAUAAAAUCAUAUCCUACGUCCUCUACGUAUCACGUUAGGGAUCCUGAGAACGUAGGAUAUGAUUUUAAUCAGAUUGGAUAAUGUAUUAUUGACUAGCUUUGGUGUACUGUUGAGUUACUAUCAAAUUACAGAAAAUAGUUCUAACGAUAAAAACGAUAUCUCAAACAGAUUUCAGUUUAUAUUUCCGACACUCAAACACAUGAAAAUAUGUAAUGUGAGGUAUAUGUACACGAGUUAUUAUUUAAAUCAUGACAAGAUGAGCAGGUGCAUGCAUGCACAUAACAAAUCUGAUAUAUUUAUUUUUCGCAGUUAGACACAGCAAUGCAUAUAUAUAUAUGUGCAGAUAGACACAUAUACAACGGGAGUACAUAUGUAUAUACAGAGAUAAACGUUGAUGUUGUGAACACGUAGGACAUGCAUAUCAUUACAUUAUGUUAUUGUUUUGCCACAUGUGACGGUGUUAUACGGACAGGCGUAGGUCUAUCUUAGGUAUAGCAUAGUGUAUUAACACAAAAGGCUUCGGUUUUGUUUUAUUACCUUAAGCGUUCUACAUGUAUAAACAACUAAGGCCAUUUAAGGACGGGUUGGAUGCAUGCAUGUGUGCUGGAGACGGUACGGUGGUGUAUUCGCCUCUUUGUGAUAGCGCGGAUCUGAUGUCGAAAUUAAAGUGCUCUUUGAUGCACGACAGUACUCCUCUUGUUCAAAUUACAAUGACAAUGGAUAAACCAGAUGUUUUGAUCACUCUAGAUGCUGGAAGUGAAGGACAAGGAAGAAGUGAAGGUCAGGAUUUUGCUGCCUCGAUGCGUUCAUCCAGAGGUGAUCCCCAACAACCCCCAGCACCUUUCAACAGGACGUUACCUGUGCAUGUGUUACCUCCAGGUAAAUGGCAAUACACCUGGACAUACCAGACGACGUCAUCCCUUUAUUUGUUUGUGUUUAACGUUCCCGAAACACGACGGGUGCCUAGGCAAGGAGCAGCAACAAGACAUUUAGAAAGAGAAACUAGAAUUAUAUUAAUGGGUCUGACGGGCUCGGGAAAAAGUUUGACCGGCAACACGCUCCUCGGAAGAGAUGUCUUUCAGAGUAAAUUACAAAAGCAAUCUGUGACCAAAACAUGUAGUUAUGCAACAACCCAUUUUCGUGAAAGGUUCGUAGUUGUCGUAGACACUCCCGGCUUCUUCGAUACAAAUAUGUCGGAGGCUGAUAUAAACACAGAACAAGUUCGAUGCUUAGGACUUUCGUCGCCCGGUCCGCACGCCGUGUUGAUGACGAUUCCUGUUGAUACUCGCCAUACAACAGCAGACAAGAAAACCGCUGAGGAGAUCUUGAAGAUGUUUGGACACAAUGUCAAAGAUUUCGUUUUGCCAGUGUUUACUAAAGCGGAUCAACUUCGGGAUAACUUUGUAACAGAAGAGAAAUUUAUGCGAGAGUUAGACGGAGAUCUGAAACAGGUUAUUGAAACGUGUGGAGGGAAAUAUGUUUUCAUUAACAAUAAAGCAACAGGCACCGAAAGAUCGACGGAAAGAGAGAAGAUAUUUGCUGAAAUCGACAAAAUUUCAACGAAACAUGAACUCUUCUAUCAAAGCAAUAAGUACAAGGAGAUAGAGCGUCAAAUUCUGCAGAUUGAAAAAAAGCCUUCUCUGAAUAUACAACAAGCCCAGUGCGUAGGACCCUGUACAAUACAUACACACAGAUCAGAUUUCAGGAAUGAUAUACAAAAUCAAAAGGGCAUCUGGCAAAAAUUCCUUUCAUUUGUGCGUUGCGGUGGCGGCAUUAGUGAAGAGGCUAUUGAUAGUCCGCACGUAUAGUGUACUGAUUGUCCUCUGGAAAUACUGUGUGGAUGUUUGCUGGAGACAGGUAUGUUGGUUUACUUUCCCUCUUUUGGUAGCGCGGAUCUGAAGCCGACUUGAUAGUGUUAUCUAACUGAAAUACCAUGCUGAAGACACCCAGCACAGCAUUCCGUCCAGUCACAUUAUACCGACAACAGAUGAACUAGUUCCAUUAAUGCUGAACGUUGAGCACCAUCUACGUUUUUUUUAUUGUAAAGUGAAGAAAUAACAAACCUGACAAUGCUGUUUUUUAUCCUUUUUUUUAUUUUACAAAGAACCAUGGCAUCGUAGAAUACGUAUUUUACUUUACUGCUUUUAGUUGGGUUUCACACAAGAUAGGAAUGACAUAGUACUUUUGUUGAGUCGUUGUUUUCUUUGUCACGUUUGAUAUAUAUAUCCUUCGUGUUUAAUGGAAAGGACAUGACUAAACUCAAAAAGUAUAAGGAGUGAGAUAACACCAGUAGGUUCUUGCAAUUAGACUAAUAAGAAGGGGAGUAACGCGUUAGCAAGUAGUGAUUUCUUUAAAAGGUGGCAUAUCUGAAAGCAGGCACAGUGGUAAGAUCAAUAUUUUUCUUCAAGGAUUCAUUUAUACUUGUUAUUUUUUAAACAAGGCAGCAAACUUUCAGCGCUCAUUCAGCUCUUGUCUAUAACAUUGUUAAUAACAUUUGAUAGGAAUUAAAAGAAGUUUACAGAGAGGAAUUGAAUGGAAAUUUAAGAUAUGUGUCAGUGAUAUAUAUAUUAUGACAUAAGAUCAUCCUUAUUUAAUGUAGCAAAUAAUAUAAGAAAUGAUUUUGCAAUUCUUAAUAACACUGACAAAUUUAAUUUGAUAAAUUUAUAAAAUUCCACUUAUAUAAUAUGUACAGAACACGUAGCAGUCUAGGUGAUUAAUUCUAAUUUAAACAGUGUCUUGUAAAUCAUUUUAGGCUGAAUAUCAUAUUCAAUUACAUUACUAUUUUAUGCAUUUGUUAAAUAUGAUACCAGGUGUCAAUCAGAAACAUUUUUUAUGAAAAUAAUCUUCCGUUUAAAUUAUAAUUAGCAACUAGUUAGUGUGAGUUUAGCAGACCUCGCUGGUAGGGGGCUCCCCAACCCUUGGAAACCUAAUUUUGACUACAAUGUAGAACUAGGAAAUUAUUCAUUUUAUUUAUCACCAUUGUUAUUGUUUGUUUUAAAGACAUCAUGUUUUAAGGCAGUAAAUGUAAAAGAAACCUUUUAACUAAUAUAGUAUUUAAUAUGUAAGGUCAAAAUCCAGGAGUUUGUUAGGUAGGGGCUGUCAAAAUCACCUGCUCUCUGGAUUGGCACAUGUGAUAGUUUGUUUUAAU